AUGGCCAAAGCACCUGCCCUCAACCCGCGCUCCCUCCAAAGUCGCCUCACCCACAUCCUCAAGCAUUGGCCUUCCGACGCAGUCCGCCCGGCUUCAGUCUCCGUCCAAGCCUAUAUCGAAUCCCGUCUCAAGUCCGCAGACAAGUCCGGCCCAGCAAUUUCCGAGUCCUCCGUUAAUGCACUUGAAUCGCUGCUGAAUAACCGCUACGCGCGUAAAUAUCCCAUGCCGGAGAAGCUGCGCCGGCCAGCUAGUAACCCAGACCACUAUGACAAUGUCAUCCGUGAGUUCGCAGAGGCACCGAACCGCGAUUGGUUUGGCCGGUUACGGAAGAGACUGGCUGGUAUUAUCCGCUUGACGUGA